AUUGGCGGAGACCGCUUAUCGUCAUCCUGGGUAUCAUGUCGUGAUGAGUGCAGGUCCAUUGUGGGCAAAGAACACACCGGCAUCGGUAUCGACGGUGUUUCAUGAAUGCCACUUUGGCCGGAGGGUAUAUUUGCUGUGUCGUGCUGGCUCGAUGAGCUUUCUAUGAGGGCGUGUACGUGUUCAUUCGAACUUUUCCCAAUAUCUGUUCUCUGUUUCUCCUAUCGAUCUUGUCAGGUUGAAGCCAGAGACGAAGGCUUAGAUGGCCAACACCAAGAACCCGACCGACAAGCUGAGCUAUGUUGCCAACGAGAUCCCAACAGUGUUCGAGAAGGAUCUGGUAUCCGUAACACCGACUACCUCAUCUCCAGCCGCGGAAUCCCUCACCGCUAGCCCGGAGAUUGAAAGGAAGCUGCUGCGCAAGAUCGACUUCUGGCUCGUCGGCUUCUACUCGCUUGUCUACAUCUUCAGAGUCAUCGACAGUGCCAACUAUUCGAACGCAGCCAUCAUCAAUCUCGAGGCCGGGACCGGUAUCAAGAAGCAGCUUGGCUUUACACCCUCGCAAUGGGCAUGGACAUUGUCCAUAUUCUCAUACAGCUACCUGAUCUUCGAACCGACCAACACCAUCCUGCUGAAGCUCUUCAAGCCAUCGAGAUGGAUGUUCACCCUAAUUAUGGCGUGGGGAGUCUCUGCGUGCUGUUCAGCAGCAGCGAUGAACUUCUCAGGCAUGAUGUGCGUACGCUUCGCUAUUGGAAUGGCUGAGGCAGGCUUCUUUCCAAGUGUACUGUACCAUUACGCGUUCUGGUACAAGCCUACUGAGAUGCCGCAACGCAUAGCUUUCUUCUAUUCAGUGGGCCAGCUCUCAAGCGCUCUGUCUGGCUUGCUGGCGUAUGCAAUCGCGCACUUGGAUCAACUAGGGGGUCUCUCCGGAUGGAGGUGGCUUUUCCUCCUAGAAGGCUUGCCAGCGAUUCUGCUAGCCUUCGUCGCAUUCUGGUUGCCGGAUUAUCCGGAGACAACCGAGUUUCUCACAGGAGAAGAGCGACUGCACAUGAAGAACAGGCUGGCCAGUGGUGCACCGCAGGCUGAGAAGAAUUGGGACUGGGAGUCACUGAAAAUAAUGGCAAGAGAUCCGACUUUAUACACAUUCAGUCUAUACUGGGUUUGUCAUGGUAUUGGGGGCUUUGGGGUGGGGUUUGCGCUGCCGACUGUGAUCUAUCAGCUUGGCUUCACAACUACAGCUAACUCACAGUUGAUGAACAUUCCGCCAUAUGUUUCAGCGUUCCUGCUGCUGAACGCAUUGGGCUUUAUGCUGCAGCGAAAGUGGAUCAGACCCUGGGUCACUGCUGUUGGCAUCGAAACGACCACCAUUGUUUGCUACAUCAUCCUUCUUACCGUUCACAGCCCGGUUGUUCGCUACAUAUGCUUGAUCGUUGCCGUAGCCUGCGCAGGCUGUGCAUAUCCGGUGAUUUGGCCUGAGCGUAUCAGAGCGCUCGAGGGUACGGUAGCAUCUGGCAUAGGUAUCGGUCUGACAAAUGCUUGCGCUCAAUUCAGUGGCAUCGUGGGACCGCAUGUUUUCAGCACAGUAUUUGGCCCAAGAUACCGCACCUCAUACGCCAUCAAUCUCUCGGUUCUUGUAGUUGGCAUUUGCUCCAUCUUGACGAGCUGGCUCCUCGUCAUCAGAAAGGACCGCAGACGUGCGGACCUUGCGAAGCAGGGGCGAGUGCAAGUGUUUUGAGGGUGAACAUAAUUCACGAUUUGGUUGUCGGAGAAUGGGGCUUCGUAGCUCCGCCUGACCUUGCCAAUGGAAUUAACCGAAAGUUACGACCAUGAGGCUGCACCACCUUUGGAUCUGUGCUUUUUGUGACGCAUCUUCCGUUUCCCGGUGCUCCUCUUCUCUUUCGGCAAGAACAGGAAACCGAUCGAGCGCAACGGAAUUAAGAUCAGCUCUUCACCAAGCUGCUCGGUGAUCGUCAUGGGGUUCAGAUGAUUGAUGAGGCUGUGAAUAGAUGCGAUCAGCGAAGAUAGCCACACAGCUAUGUCCUUCUGUCCGGUGGCAACCGCACGUCCAGUAGACUGUCGUUGCUGCGCGCACAAGGUGCUCUGUGACUUUGCGUGUAUCCCCUAGCUCGAAAAAACGGACAUCCCGG